AUGUGUGUGUUUUACUUUAGAAAUGCAUUGAUGAUCUGUCCCUUGGAUGGUCCAGUUAACGCCCUUAGCACGAACAAAGAAGCUGACCAUGUUGUGAUCGUCGGACGAAACAUUCUGAAGAUCUACCGUCUCGAAGAAGGCUUUAAAGAGGAAUGCAACCUCAAAGUUGGGAAACUUCCCACGCUUCAUUUUUCGAAUUUGGAUGUCGCCUGGAGUCAUGUGCAAGAGGAUUUACUUGCAUCAGCUGCAACGAACGGUUCGGUAGUAUUGUGGAACUUGCACAUUCUCUCUCGGAACAAAGCAGAAUCAACGUACAACGUUCAUUCACGUACCGUUAACAAGGUAUGCUUUCAUCCGACGGAAGCGCACUACUUGCUUAGCGGCUCUCAGGAUGCCAGAGCGAUUUUGUUCGAUUUGCGUAAGAAGGAGGUUGCCUUGACAUUUGAAAAGUACGUUUAA